UCCAUUGACCACAAUUGCAACACUCCUCCGAGCCUUUCACUUGUUGGCUUCGUCGGAGUCGAGUCGAAAAAUCCGCGAUAUCGCCGAGCGCAAGUGUCGUAGAGCAGCUCUGCGUUUCCCGAUUUUCCCAUUUCCCUCAGUCGUAGUCGGGAAAGCGUGGAGUGAAGUGCAAAAUGACGAAUGUGGACGAGAUCCUGAACUACAAGCGCAAGGACGACGAGGAUUUUUACGCGAUUCUGGGAUGCGAUGAGAAAUCGACGGUGGAACAAAUCACGGCCGAAUACAAAGUCCGGGCCUUGCAGUGCCACCCCGACAAGAACGAUGGCGAUAAAGAGGCCGAGCAGAAGUUCCAACUGCUGAAGCAAGCUAAAGAAAUCCUGUGCGAUCCUGAAAAACGUGCCAACUACGAUAAAUGGCGAAACAGCGGCAUUUCAAUAAGCUACAAACAGUGGCUCGGUAUGAAAGAACACGUCCAUCAGUCGAUGCACUGGAGCACCCCCAAGACCAAGGAUCGCAUGCUGGAGACCGGCGGCUCGUCGGGCCCCUCCAGUCUGGGGGCGGGCGGGAUCAGCGCUGCCCAGAGACGCGCCUCUGAGGGGGGCGCCAACCUGCAUUGGGGGGGCAAGGGCACCGGAUCGGCUUGGGGCUCCAACGCCCCCAGUGAGGUUGUCAGUAAAUUCCGAAAUUAUGAAAUCUAAAGUGUAGAUGUUUCUUGUGUAUUUAUGUGAUCUUUAGUUAGACGGAUGUGUCACUGUGGGGGCUUCCCCCGAAUCCUAAGACCUGUUUGAUGUCCCGAACUUGACUCUAGAUCGAUCCCGUCAUUGCAAUGACGUUCACUAAUCAAAUUAAACAAAAAAACAAAUUUUUGCGUUUAUUGGCCAUAUUUAGACAAUCGAAAUUAGGUUUCGGUUUGGUAUCUUGGACCAAAUUAAUGAAGGGGGUUUGCAACUUUUUCAUGAAAAUCCCUUUAUAUUUAUUGUGAUGUGAUAUUAGUUUUUUAUGGAGAGAUAAAUAUGCUAUUGCAAAAAUCGUGCAUGUUUCAUUUAUUAUGUCUUGGUGUAUACAGGGUACCUGAAAACUAGUACAUUAUUGUUUCCGCCACCCUUUAUACCACCAACCGAUUUUGUUUCAAAUACGUGGAAACUACUCAUAUCCCUAACAUCAGGGUAAAUGCACAAUUAUCCCUACUCCCUUUACACUAUAUAUUUUGAUAAAUGUUUUAAACAACAUAUUUUAAAUUAAUGUUAUCAAUCAAAUAUAAUCUAUUUAUAAAUGUUAAAUGGAAAUAAAAAUUAUCAUGUGA